AUGCCGAAAAAAAAAGAAAAAGGGAGUGAGAAGCAAGAAGAGAAACCAGAAGAGCCGAAACCAGAAGAGCCGACUCCAGAAGAGCUGAGAGAUAGAGAGAGAGAUUUAUUCCUGAAUCAGAUCCAAUAUCUGACCGAUCAGCUGGAGAGGUAUCAGCUGAAGUGUGACGACCUCGAGCUGCAGAGAAAGGACUUUUCCUCUCAGUUCAGUUCACUGGAGAAAGACAAGAAUGACAUUGCAGAUUAUCUGAAACGCACGUUGCUGGAGAAGGAGGACGAGGUGGACGAACUGUAUGUGAAGCUGGAGGCUCAGCGACAGACUGCAGCAAAAGACAAAGAUGCUGUGCAGCUAGAGCACGCUCAGAUCAACCAAGAGCUUCAAGAGCGGAUAGAGGAACUCAGCGGGGAGAACAAGAGACUUGCGUCCAGCUUGGCCAGUCUGGAGGAGUUCAAGAGGCAAAGAGAGCAGCUGACAGCCAACAUGGAGUCUCUGGAGAAGCAGCUGAUCUGUCAAGAGGAGAAACACACAACCGACCUGCACAACCUGGAGAUGUCAGUACUGCUGGAGAAGAAGAGGUUAGAGAAGGAGAUGGAGAACCACGAGGUCAACAUGGCUAUCAACGUGCAGCGCUUGGUGGACAAGCAGCUUCCUGAGGAGACCAAACAGGCCUUCGAGGAGAACACGGCGUUGCUGACUCAGUGCAGUCAUCUGUCCCAGCAAGCUGAGGCCCUGAUCAGGGAGAACUCUUCGCUGCAGGAACACAAGAGUAAACACAGCGUGGACUCGGUCAUCUUGGAGGAAAUGAACAAAGAUCUGUCCCACAAGGUCUACAUCCACAGGAAGGUGUUCAAGCAGGUGACGGCUCAGAGUGAGCAGCUGCAGGCGGAGCUGAGCGUCUGCAAGCAGGAGCGGAAGCAGCUUCAGGCCGAGCACAAACACGUCCUGGCCGAGAUGGAGGCGCUCAGACAGGUCAGGGCCUCGGUGCCGGAACGCCCCGGUGAACACAGCGCCGAGGUGAGCCGGCUGAAGGCAGCGCUGCAGGAGGUGAAGAGGACGAGCCGCCGGAUGAAGAGAGUCAUGCAGGAAGCCGUCGACACGCUCAGACAAACUCUGCCGGAGGCGCUGGAGGAGCAGGACCCUGAGGCUGGCCUCCACAGGUGGAACCAGCUGAUGCAGAAGCUGCUGGUCGUGUUGGACACAGGAACCAGCUCCUCCGCGGAGGACUUGACCUCUGACCCUGCAGCCGCCAGUUCAGCGACUCUGGAUCCAGUUUCCAAUUUCCAGUUCCAGCUCGCUCGCUACAGACCCGGAGACCUCGGCCUCGUCCCGCCUCCGAUUCAGAAAAUCGUUCCCUCCAGGCCGGGACCCGGCUCCUUCCCGUCUCUGCCCAGGAAACCGUCCGGUCAGAAGGCGUCCGACAAACCCAAAUGA